AGUGCUGAAUGUUUUGUACUGACAGACUUUCUGACAUCAAGUUUUCUGUUAGACGAAAUUUGCACAAGAAUCUCUACGAAGUCGAAUUGUGAAACGUGUUACGAUUAUGUCCGAAAACAGGGAGGAAAUUUUGGCUGAUUUUCAGGCCUGCACUGGUAUUGAAGAUGUUGCUGAAGCUAUUUUUCAUCUAGAUGAAACCAAUUGGGACCUACUUAGAGCAGUGAGUAGGGUGAUGCCCCCUGACAGCCAGUCAUUUCAGGUUCGUAAUGAGCCUGAUGUGAUGGUGGUUGAAGAUGAUUCAGAUUUGGCUGCUAUUCCUGUUGAAACUGCUUCAGAUAUGAUGGAAGUAGGAAAUAAUAUUGGAAUAGCCACAAAGAAAAUAACAAACAAUGAUAAUAAUGUCCCCAUGGAGAAUAACAUGCCUUCUACAUCAAGUGCUAGGAUGUUGAAAUUCAUUGUUCAAUAUUGUGAUAAGACUAUUAAUGUGGAUUUACCAGAUAAUGGAACAAUUAGUGAUUUAAAGAUACAAUUGCACCAAAAAUUCAAAGUCCCACCCUGUCGUCAGUUAUUAUCAUCAUGGGCUAGAAUACAGGAGUAUGAAAAUACACCAUUUACUAAACUUAUGUUGGGAGAUGAAAAUAAAUUAGUUUUAACUGUUAAACCCCACGAGGGCGGAUUUAGUGCUGAUGAAGACAAUGAGAUGACCGAGAAACUAAAUGGAAACUACACAUUAAACAUCAAAUUUGAAAGCAAAACAUACAACCUGAACUACAAGGGUACUAAAACGAUUUUGGACGUUAAAACCGACUUUUAUUCUGUGUCAAAUUUGCCUUGUCGUAACCAGUUAUGGACGGGAUGGCCACCCAAUAUAGAUGACCAAACCAUGUUGGCGCUAUCAGGAAUAGAUUAUCCAGUACAUGAUUUAACGGUGCACAAAAAUAAUCAAAUUAACCACGCGGCAUCAAAAAAAUCCCUGCCUUGUAUCCAAUUGGACAGUGACGAUGACGAGUUUGAAGAUGCAUCGGAAAGUUUUACGGUCGAUGAUGAUUAUUUCGUCGAUAAUGUCACGUCCAAAAGAACAGAACCGCUAAUACCUGAGGAUGUUGAAGACGAAAUCGUAGGUAGCAUUACAUUCACAGAACAAUUUACAGCAAGAUACGGACAUAUUCACCCUGCUUUCUAUCAGGGUACUUUGGAUGACGCAAUGAAAGAAGCCUGCAAUAAACCUGCCAAAGAUCGUAAAAUUCUUGCGAUUUACCUGCACCACGACGCCAGCGUGCUGACCAACGUUUUUUGCACGCAACUUUUGGGAUUCGAGAGCGUGAUGCAGAUAAUUGAAAAAAAUUUCAUCCUGUGGGGCUGGGACAUCACAUUUGAAACCAACAGGACCAAAUUGCAAACGUCGGUGACGAACGUGUUAGGCGCCACGGCGGCCAUGAGUCUUAGAAACAUCGCAGUCGACAAGCUUCCUGCCGUCGUGCUUCUCAUGAAAAUCCGGUCCAUCACUGAAAUUUACAGCGUCGUGCACGGUAAUGUGGGCGUGAAUGAGCUCCUCUCGAGCUUGAUAGAGUGCGUGGAGGUGUUUAGCGAACAUCAACGCGUAGAAGUGAAGGAAGAGGCCGAAAGAGCGGAAAGAGAACUUGUAAAAUGGGAGCAAGAUAUGGCGUAUCGGGAGAGUUUGGAGGCCGAUAGAGCCAAAGAAGAGGCGAAAAGGAAACAAGAGCAGCUGGAGACGGAAACGAAGCAGAGGAUAGAGAAUCAAAAGGCGGAAGAGGACGCGAAAAGGGAGGCGCAACGCAAAAAAGCGGAAGCCAGUUUACCUCCGGAACCGGAGGUUGGGGAUGGUGAUGUUACUAAGAUCAGGUUUAGGUUUCCGACCGGCGAAAACGUUGAUCGUAGAUUUUUUGGCACUACACCAUUAAAGGUUUUGUUAAAUUUUCUAAUAGUUAAGGGGUAUCCAACGGAAGAGUAUAAAGCUAUUUCAGGCUGGCCUAGAGUAGAUUUAACAGCUUUGGAUACAAGCCACUCCCUAAAAGAACUAAAACUGUACCCACAAGAGACUGUGAUAUUAGAAGAACGAUAAUAAGAUAUCUUUUUUGCAUUCCCCACUUUAUAAUGGGUUAAAACUUUUUAUAACAGCAUUUAAACAAUUUUCGUUUUUUUUUUGUACUAGUAGAACAAUAAUCAAAUAAUGUAUGGUAAUAAAAUUAUCUCCUAAAAACGUGUUUUUUCGAACUUACCUUUAAUCAUGCCAACUGCAAUGUUUGUUUACAUGCUGUUAUGUUCAUUUUAGUUCAAGAAUAAUUAAGGUAGUAUUACAAUAUAUUAUUAUAAUUAAUUUAUAAUAAAAACAACAAUUGAUUUUAAAUCGGUUUUGUUUCUUAAUUUUUUGUACCUUGGCAUAAGCUAAUCUGAAAGUCUUUUACAUCAUCAUUAUGUAAUCUUGUGAUAUUUUCAACUGUUUUUUUCAACCAAUCAACUAGAAGGCUUUUUACAUUAACUUGAUCAUUAAUUUUGAUAUUUUGUUAAAAACAAGCAAAGGCAGAAUUGUAAAUAGUUUCUUUUUACGGUUUAUUCAGUAGAUACUAGUUUUUUGUACGAAAUUACGUGUAAAACUAGCUAGGCUUUUCAAUAUUUGUACCGUAAAUGCAUGUAUUUACAUAUUAAAAUUGAUCAGCAGCCAGUCUUUUAAUAAAG